UUCCCUGCCGCUGCCAUGGACGACUCACCAGAUCGAAUUGGUCCUGAUACCACGCCGAAGAGGAGCUUCGGUGAUAAAGCGAAGAGCUUUUUCAAAGCAUUCACUACCAAGGAGGGCCUCAUUGGAACAUACGAUUAUGGCUUCCUAUUCAUGCCAAACAUUCCCUUCAUGAAGAGGGAGCGUCGCGCUGCCCCUUUCUUUGGCCUCAACGAUAAGAUGCCCGUGUUCUUGGCGCUUUUGCUAGGUUUCCAGCACGCGCUCUCUAUGUUGGCUGGUAUCAUUACUCCACCCAUCAUUCUCGGCAAUGCCGCAAAUCUGGACGGGAAUCUGCAGCAGUACCUAGUCUCGACCUCGCUCAUUGUCUGUGGAAUUUUAUCGAGCAUUCAGAUUACAAGAUUCCACAUAUAUAAGACUCCCUACUACAUUGGAACUGGUCUUAUUUCAGUCGUCGGGACCUCGUUCGCCACAAUUCCGGUCGCGACAGGUGCUCUGGCUCAGAUGUACGUUACCGGAUUCUGCCCUACUGCUGCCGAUGGAACCAAACUACCUUGCCCAGACGGGUACGGAGCAAUCAUCGGAACGGCGGCCUGCUGUGCCCUGCUCGAAGUGCUAAUGUCUUUCACUUCGCCAAAAUACUUGAAGAAGUUCUUCCCGCCUCUCGUUACUGGUCCUACCGUCACCCUCAUUGGCGUCCAUUUGAUCGAGACUGGCUUCCAGAACUGGGCCGGAGGUUCCAACGAUUGCGCUUCCCGCCCAACCUCAGGUAUUUUCCAGCUCUGCCCGACCAUCUAUGCUCCCCAUGCUCUUCCCUGGGGAAGCGCCCAAUUUAUCGGUCUUGGUUUCCUGGUCUUCCUCACUAUCAUUCUCUGCGAACGAUUUGGAAGCCCGAUCAUGAAGUCCACAGCCGUUGUCAUUGGCCUCUUGGUUGGCUGCAUUGUCGCUGCUGCUUGUGGCUACUUCGACCGCUCCAGCAUUGACUCUUCCCCGGCUGCCUCCUUCAUUUGGGUCCAUACUUUCAAACUAAGUGUAUACGGCCCUAUAGUGUUACCCCUAUUAGCUGUCUACAUUGUGCUUGCCAUGGAGGCGAUAGGCGACAUCACCGCCACCUGCGAUGUGUCUCGUCUCGAGGUCGAUGGCGCGCUUUUCGACUCUCGCAUCCAGGGCGGUGUUUUGGCCGAUGGACUGAACGGUAUCAUUGCUGCUCUUUGCACCAUCACCCCCAUGAGCACAUUCGCACAGAACAACGGUGUCAUCGCUCUUACCAAGUGCGCCAACCGAAAGGCUGGCUAUGCAUGCUGCUUUUGGCUCUUAGUUAUGGGUAUCUUCGCCAAGUUCGCCGCCGCUCUUGUCGCUAUUCCCAGCGCAGUCUUGGGAGGUAUGACUACCUUCCUCUUCAGCGCUGUCGCUGUUUCUGGUGUUCGUAUCAUGUCUACCGUCCCUUUCACCCGACGAACUCGCUUCGUCUUGACUUGCGGUCUUUCAGUUGGUUUCGGCGCCACCCUAGUCCCUAACAGCUGGUUCAGCUAUGUCUUCACCUACACAGGCAACAACCACGCCCUCCUCGGCUUCUACAACGCCAUCGUGCUUGUCAUGGAGACCGGCUUCGCGUUGACCGCUUUCCUGACUCUCAUCCUUAACCUCAUCCUCCCAGAGGAAAUCGAGGAUGAGGAGACGCCUGAGAUCACGGCUAACGAGAUCGACGAGACCGCGGACAAGGAGGAGUGGAACCGCAUUCGCAAGAGCAAGGAAUUCGAUGCUGAGAGGGGUAGCAGCGAGGGCGAGAUCGCUACCUCUUCUAAGCCACAGUAGAUUGUAUAUGUACGAUUUAUGUGUAUACCGAGAUGGCCCAGGUGGUACGAGGUGGACUGUUCCGCUCAUGAUAUUUGGCAUGUUUGGAUAUUACAUGUAGAUGUGCAGGAUAGGUUGGAGUGGUAGUUACAAGGAUAAAUGCAAUAACGUGCAACACAAGCGAGCCGGCCACCUCAUCAACUCUCAACAGCUUUGAACGUAGAUUGCUCCACAACGCUAAUAGAUAUUAACUUAAUUCAACUUGCAGUCUAUUCUAUAAUAACUUCCUCAUCUUUUUGACACGUACGAGCAUUAUGUCCUGUCUCGCCGCAGCGCCUACAGCGCGCUUGCUGCCGUGCACUUCCACCCGGGCGCCUCCUAUUUUGACGCAUUUCGCCCUCAAUUUGUUUAUUAGCUUCCUUUUG